UCGGAGAGAAGCUUGAAGGUUUUAACAUCACACAUCAUAGGCAUAAUGUCAUCCGCUGAAACAUUAGCCAAACAACUGAUGGUGGUUAUGAAAGAUGUGUCAAUGGCACUAGAUUUCGACAAUGCAGAUAGAAUAGAGGAUGCCUACAAGAAGUAUCUGGAGGUUGUGUUGAGGGUCGCUACAAGCCUGUUGAAGACGCUGCAUGCUGAUGUUGGCCACCUUCAUGUGGCUCCAGACAUAGUAAAGCUCAUCAAUCUGGGACAACAAUGCAUGGACCGGGCUGCAAACAUCAUCAGAAAGAAGUCAGGUGGUCAGACUGCCGCAGGUCCACCUAAGUCUUUUCCAUCGUCUUUAGAGGGCAACAAAAAUCAACCAUCAAAGAAGCAGAAACAGACAAAAACAUCUCCGUGGGAUUGUGUUUCACCUGUGCUAAAAGACAAGAUACUGUCUGGAAAGAGAACUCCAGGUGUGGACAGGCUGUCACCAGUGGUCUUCUCUUCAUCAGUCAAGUUGCCAGACAAAGAGUGCCGAGGUAGUGUUACAACAACGGAGGGCAAAUUGGCUUCUAUAGUUAAAACAUCAUACACAUUUUCCAGGGGGAUUGCCCCUUUGGAAGUUGCUAGGCGACAAAAUCAGCAGCUGCUAUCUGCCUUCAGACGACGCCAGAACCUGACAACAAACAAAUCCCUCUCAACUACACUGAGUUUGACCAUGCAGCGGAAGAUGGCAGAAAACUUGGCGAUUGCUCAUGCACAGGAAACGGCUUUAGCAAAGAAGAUUGCAGAACGUCAAGCCAGGCUCGAGGAACAAGCAACUAAGAGGUUUAAUUCACCAAUUGGAAUGUCGGAAGAGGAACAAAAGCAGCGUCAUAUUUACAGACGGGUGCUGGAGUUGGAAAUGGAACAGGUAUGGCUUGCAGAGCUUCGCAAAAGGCUGGAUAGCAAUCCUACAGACAUUGAAGUCAUAAGUGAAAUAAUUACCAGUAUCCUUAGUUGUCAAAGUCACCCACUGACAGAGGAGCUUGAAAAACAUCAGAACAGAAUCCUAGACAAACUUACACCGCUAGUGAAAAACAUAGAUUCUGAUCUGAAUCAAAUCCAGCGUGUUCUGGAGUCAGAUGUUAGCCUCGAUUUACUGUCGCUGGAAGCAGGGUUGGAUUCCAAACACCAGCUGAUAUUAGAGGGUGAACAACAAGACCUGAUUUCUCCUAGUGAUCAACAUAAUGAACUGGAAAAUACUGCAAAUAAUAAAAUGGAGGAGGAUAUAAAGAAUGCCAUUAAAACACAUGAUGUAUCAUCAAAUGCCAGUACGAGUGGUAGUAAUAUUGUAAGUUGCACACUUGAAAUGAAAAGUCAGAUUAAAAAGUCGCUUGAACAAGGUGAAGAAGUGACAGCCGUAUUUCAGAAAGAAGAUGAGAUGGUGAAAACUAUAACAAGAAAUAUGGCUUCCGAUUAUUUAAGGUACAGUCAAGAAAAUAUGGAUGACCUCUUUGAUUCCGAUGAUGAUGAAGCAGAAAAUGAUCUCCCUGUUGCAGAUGAUGUAUUAUCUAGCUCACGGGUUAAAAAUGCUGACAUUCAACAAGAUGAUGAACACAAUGUCACAGAGGAAAUAGAACUAUCUAGUGCAAACAGGGAGUUAAUUGACGAUAAUGACUGCCAACCUGAUAAAGGGCCUGAAAACAAUAAUAUUGAACAUGGAAUUGAGAAUAUAUCCAAGAAAGAUACAAGUUACAAUGAAAUGGAAUACAAGAUCUUCAACCUCCGUACUGAGGCCUACCAUCGGCACUUGUCUGGGAUAACAGAAGAAAUCAUGACCAGCAUUGAUACAUUGCAGUUGCUGUUUGUGGUUGUGUUUGAAAGUCUGGACAGCCCUGAGGGCAGGGACCAGUGUAAUGUCCUCAUUGAGCAGUACUUCUUCAGGCCCCUCUGGCAACACUUGCUCACCCUCUUCAGAAUGGCCAACAAACCGAAGGAGAUGAGGCUUGCAAAGGUGAUGCGUAGCCAUGCUGGUUGUGGCCCUGAUCGGUUCAGUGUACGUGCCGAGCUGUGUCUCUCUGACCAGUCUGGGCCCUCCCCAUACCAGAGUGCUGUACAGGAGCUGCACCAGCUGUGCCAGACAGACACCAUGAUGAACAAGCUGGAUAGACUUGUGAAGGCUUCUAAAGAGGUGAUGCAGUGUGUGGAGAUGUACUACAGAGGUCGAGAGACCAGCCCACCUAGCAUAGGUGCCGAUGACUUGUUGCCUGUCCUCAGUUUCAUCAUAGUUCGCAGCAGCCUCCCUCAAUUGGUGUCAGAAUGUCAUGCAAUUGAGAAAUUCAUCCAUGAAGCGUACAUGCUUGGUGAGGAGGGAUAUUGCUUGACCUCCUUUCAGACUGCCCUUAAUUACCUGGUUACACAGGGAAUGACACAGGAUAAGAAUUGAAGACCCUCUGUAACCUAGCCAUACAAUGAAUGGUGCAGAAAGGAAAUCCAAGGCCAUUAAUUAAUGGGCACACAGGGGAUGGAAAUGAACAGGGAUUGAUUGGCUUCAAUAGUGUGUGGACCUACAGGGGCAUUUCUCAACUACCUAGUAAUACAGGGAAUUGAACAGGCAUGGAAAUGACAUUUCUUAACUACCUAGAAAUACAGGAAAUGCAACAGAAAUGGAAAUGACAUUUUUCAACUACCUAGUAAUACAGGGAAUUGAACAGACAUGGAAAUGACAUUUCUCAACUACCUAGUAAUACAUGUACAGCGAAGGAACAGACAUGGAAAUGACAUUUCUUAACUACCUAGUAAUACAGCAAAGGAACAGACAUGGAAAUAACAUUUCUCAACUACCUAGUAAUACAGGGAAGAAACAGACAUGGAAAUGACAUUUCCUAACUACCUAGUAAUACAGGGAAGGAACAGACAUGGAAAUGACAUUUCUCAACUACCUAGUAAUUCAGGGAAGGAAUAGGCAUGGAAAUGACAUUUCUCGACUACCUUGUAAUACGGCGAAGGAACAGACAUGGAAAUAACAUUUCUCAACUACCUAGUAAUACAGGGAAGGAACAGACAUGGAAAUGACAUUUCUCAACUACCUAGUAAUACAGAGAAGGAAAAGACAUGGAAAUGACAUUUCUCAACUACCUAGUAAUACAGGGAAGGAACAGACAUGGAAAUGACAUUUCUCGACUACCUUGUAAUACAGCGAAGGAACAGACAUGGAAAUAACAUUUCUCAACUACCUAGUAAUACAGGGAAGGAACAGAAAUGGAAAUGACAUUUCUCAACUACCUAGUAAUACAGGGAAGGAACAGACAUGGAAAUGACAUUUCUCAACUACCUUGUAAUACAGGGAAGGAACAGACAUGGAAAUGACAUUUCUCGACUACCUUGUAAUACAGGGAAUUGAACAGACAUGGAAAUUACAUUUCUCGACUACCUUGUAAUACAGGGAAUCAGUAGCCACAGUGCAGAAUGUAAUAAGAAGACCCUUAACUACCUAGUCAAAGAGGGAGAGGACCGGAAUAGGAAUUAAUGGCCCUCAAUGACCUUGUCACUGACAUAGUAGAUUUGGAAUUGAAGGGUCUUAGCUAUCUAUUCACAGAGGGAAUAGAGCAGAACUACGACAACUACCUGGUUACAGAGAGAAUGGAACACAAUGGGAAUUGAUAGCCAUUAAAUACCUAGCCACAAAGAGAAUGUAAAGGAUUGGGAAUUGAUUGUCCUGAACUACCUGAUCACGAAAGUAAUUGAAAGAAAUAGGAAUUGAAGGACCUAAACUAAACAGUCCCAUAGGUAAUGGAACAGAAAUUGAUUUGCUAUUAGGUACCUGGUCACACAGGGAAUAAAACUGAAUGUGAAAUGAUUGCCCUCAACUUCCUAGUCACAGAGGUAAUGGAGCAGAAUUGGAAAUGAUAUCUCUCUAAUUAACUGGUUGAAAUGUGUAAAGGAAACAAUAGGAAGCGUUGUUCCUCAACUACCAAGCCUAACACUGUAAUGACAGAAUUAGAAUUGAGCUCCAUGUCUUGGGAAUCAAGUUGACAGAGAAAUGUUGCAUAAUGAAAGUGUUUGUUUUUUUUACUUGUUUCUUACUCAAACUUUUUCUAUAUUUAUUUGCACUUGUUUGACAUGCAUGUUAAUAUUUUUUAAGACUUGUAUAAAAUAUAACAGAAACCUUA